UUUUGGGAUGGAUGCUAUCUUCCAGGGAAGACAUGGUCACCACCAGGGCAUGUCUCCAAGGUCCCAGAAGAUAACAUGACUGCCGUGAUGGGACCUGGGGGAUACCUGGUCUGCUAGAGCUAAUAACAUGAAGAAGCAACAAGGAAGAGAUACGGUUCCACAGACAGCCUGGUUCUGAACCACGAAAGGGCAUUACUGAUGAUGGUCUUGAAAUGUCCUCAGAAGUCAAUUGGCAACCGGUACAACUCAUAGAACAGAGAUGUUACCCAGGAGUUUGCACAACUGCAGUCCCCCUUCCUGGGUCUUACCUGGGGCCCUGGAUCUGAUUUUGGAAAAGAUGAAGUCUGCAGGCUUUAAUUUCUCCACUGUAAAAGCUUUGUCUGGAGCUGGACAGCAACAUGGAAGUGUCUAUUGGAAAGAAGGAGCGCGCUCUGUUUUGCAAAAUUUAUCACCUGUUCUUCCUUUACAUCAAUCACUGAAGAAUUGCUUUUCUGUCAGCAACAGUCCAGUCUGGAUGGAUUCCAGCACAAGUGCCCAGUGUAAUUCUCUGGAAGAAAAGGUCGGAGGGGCUCAGAAACUAGCUGACAUCACUGGCUCCCGAGCUUAUGAGCGUUUUACAGGAAACCAGAUAGCGAAGAUUUACAGCCGGGAUCCUGAAGUCUAUUCACAAACCGAGAAAAUUUCCUUGGUGAGCAACUUUGCAGCCUCUCUUUUCCUAGGUGCCUAUGCUCCCAUAGAUUAUAGUGACGGAUCUGGCAUGAAUUUAUUGCAGAUUCGGGAAAAAGUUUGGAAUCAAGUCUGCCUUGAUGCUUGUGCACCCCAAUUGGGAAAAAAACUGGACCAACCUGUGCCCUCCAGCAAAAUACUGGGUUUAAUUUCACCCUAUUACACUGAACGCUUUGGAUUUAAUCCUGCCUGCAAAAUAGUAGCCUUUACUGGAGACAAUCCAGCAUCUUUGGCUGGGAUGAGACUUUCUGAAGGAGACAUAGCAAUUAGCCUCGGCACUAGUGAUACCCUGUUUCUCUGGAUUAAAGAGCCAAACCCUGCUUUGGAGGGCCACGUUUUCUGUAAUCCAGUUGAUUCACAAGCAUUUAUGGCCCUACUUUGCUACAAGAAUGGCUCCUUGAUGCGAGAGAAAAUCCGAGAUGAGUUUGUGUUGGGCUCGUGGGAAGAAUUCUCAAAAGCUCUCGAAUCAACAGCUGCUGGAAACGGUGGAAAGGUGGGUUUUUAUUUUGAUGUGAGGGAAAUUACACCAGGAGCUGUGGGAAUUCACAGGUUCGAUGCCCACAAUGUCGAGACACCAGCCUUCCCAAAGGAAGUGGAAAUACGGGCCUUGAUCGAAGGACAGUUCAUGGCCAAAAGGAUCCAUGCAGAAAAGCUGGGCUAUAAAAUAUUGCCAACCACAAAAAUCUUGGCUACCGGCGGGGCUUCCCAUAAUAAGGCAAUCUUACAAAUCCUGUCCGAUGUCUUCGGCGUUCCAGUGUACACAAUUGACACGGCUAAUUCAGCCUGCUUAGGUUCCGCUUACAGGGCCAUCCAUGGACUUGCGACAGAGGCAGGACUGCCCUUGACCGAUGUCAUGAAAUCAGCACCGGGGCCCCGAUUAGCUGCUACUCCAGCUGCAGGCACAAGUCAGAUCUAUCAACCUUUACUUAAAAGAUACACGGAACUUGAGCAGAAGAUUCUCCUGUAUGGAGAAUUAGUGGAGGGAAAGCGCCUCAGAGGGAGACCACAGCUGCGAUAUAAGGAUAUCUGCAAGAGGGACCUAAAGGCCCUGGGAAUGGACAUUAACAACUGGGAAACCUUGACCUCCGAUCGUUCAGCUUGGAGGCUAAAGACGCAGCAUGGCCUUCUCCAAUUCGAAGAGACACUUGUUCGGCAGGCUGAGGCAAAGAGGCAGUCCCGGAACCAGUGAAAUCUGGGAACUGGGCAGGGGACAGAAUGUAUCUGCCCUCUGUAGAAGGGAUUGCCACUCUCGAAUUGGCCUUUUUAGUCACACUAGAUGCUGUUUUAGGACCUCUUUCCAGAGCACGAUACCAUAGUCUCUUGAGACUGAAGGAUGCCAAUGAUGAGAUUCUUAAAUUUAUAGGGUUUUUUUGUUCAAGAAUGAAAUUAAACUCAUCACAUGGCUUUUCAAACUUGUCUUUAUGAAGAUCUCUAAUAUACUUAAUAUGGUUAAAUAGAGAAUUUCAAAAAGUGAUUACAAAGGGAGGUUAGCAAACCCAGUGUUCUUUAAAAGGCUGUGCUAUAUUUGUGAGCAAGGUGGCUGACCCCUUUGCCUCUCAGCAAAGAACAACCAGCACAUGGGGGGCUACUUGCAGAUUGGUUGGUCUUUACCCCAUAGUUGUCCUCUCCACUGUCAUGGAGAUGUUCUUAGUUCAUCAUGCUUUCUCUAGAAAUGAUGUAUGAAUUACCAUUUUGGGGACACAUUAUGCUAAGACCUAAUUUUAAAGAUCUAAAGGACCAGGUCAGGUUCUCUUGGAGAAGACCUAUCUAGAGUCACUUCAUGUGGAAAUGGGUGGCAUAAAAAUUUAAUAAAUGAAUAAAAUCUAUGUGAUUAUUAAGAGUUGACAAUGACUUGAUGGCACAGUCAAUCAAUCUGACUUCUUUGAGAUGUCCAUAAUGCUGGGAAUGAUGGGAGAGAAGAGAAUGACCAGUAGCAAGAGGGAUGGAUUCAGUAACGGUAAUGGACACAUUUGUUUGAAAAUCUGAAGGAUCAGAAUAGGGACAGAUUAUCAUGGACAAAAUCUAUGUGGUCAUUAAAAGUUGACAUCAACUUGAUGGCACAUAAUCAAAUCACUGGCCAACCUGAAUAUGUUCUGAUAGUCUCAGAAAGUCCUCUGUGUUCCAAGCAGUAGAGAAGUCAGCUUGGCUUAGUUUCAAGAGUUUUGAAGAGCUGUACAAGUGAUAUGGAAAUAAUGGACUUCUUUUGACCAUUUUAGCAUUGGGUAGUUGAAAAUAACUAAUGAUUUAUCCAUCUUGGCAAUUUCCAGUAAGACAGGAAUUGGAAUGCUCAAAAAAAAAAAAAACUUUCGUUAGGAAGUUUGGAAUUGAAGUCAUAACUAGAGAUUACCAUAUUGAGAAAAGCAGAAUGACCCACCAAAUUCCAAAAUGGAUCUUGUCAGAUGGUCUGUUAGAGGCUAGGUAUUCUUCUUUUAUAGACCUUGAUGGCAAAAAUGAAGUACAUUGAGUUCUCUCCUGGUAAGCCACAAUUUGUACUUGCUGCAGUUUAUCCCCUUUUUCACCCACAUUUGAAAAUCCAUCAUCUUCAUGUGCUUGUCAAAAGUUUAAUUUUAAAAAAAGAUCUGUGCCAAAUGCACUGCUGAAAUGCAUUCACCUUAUUAUGGGAAUCGUUUAUUUGAACCCAUUUCUGUAAACUUAAGAUUUUUGAAGUUCAGAUGCACUUCCUUCCAUCUUCUUAGAACCACAGGAGAAAAGGAACAUUUGUUCAGCUAAUGUAAAUUUGGAAUGAAAAUGCACCAUCACGUGGGAAUUUAGCAGCUCUUUCAGGGAUUAGUAUAGUGAUGGACUAAAAGUACAUUGUAGAACAAUGUGAUUUCCAGUCUAUUUCGUUCUGUGACCCAAUUAUAAAUGAGUUACAGUUCAAGUGCUUUGAACCUUCACACUGCCAAUAGGAAAUAAGCAUAAACUUAAAUUCCAUUAGUCAUUCAGAAUAACAGAGUUGGAAGGGACCUUGGAGGUCUUCUAGUCCAACCCCCUACUCAGGCAGGAGAUCCUAUACCAUUUCAGACAAAUGGUUGUCCAGUCUCUUCUUAAAACCCUCCAAUGUUGGAGCACCCAUAAUUCUGGUGGGAAAUUGUUCCACUGAUUAAUUGUUCUAAUUGUCAGGAAAUUCCUCCUUUGUUCUAGGUUUCUUCUCUCCUUGAUCAGUUUCCAUCCAUUGCUUCUUGUCCUAUCUUCAGGUGCUUUGGAGAAUAGGUUGACUCCCUCUUCUCCAUGGCAGCCCCUCAAACAUUGGAAGACGGAUAUUGGGCCAACCCCUCAUCCUUCUUAUCAUUAAACUAGAUACUAGACAUUCUUUGGGGUCCAGCUAAUUAUGUCUGCUAGAGCUAUCUAUGGUUGUGAAAGCUGGACCUUAAAAAAGCAAGACAAGAAGAAAAUCGAUUUGCUUGAGCUGGAGAAGGCUCCCGCAUAUUCCUUGGACAGCAAAGGUGACUACAAGCAAGUAUUGGAGCGCAUAACACCAGACAUGUGGAAGGCACAAAAAACACAAAACUGACUCUUUGGCCGUGUCAUGCCAGGAAAUUCACUGGAGAAAGCAAUUAUGAGUUGGAAGAGUUAGUAGUAAAAAGUAACCAGGCCUCCCAAGAACAUGGUGGCUGGACACCAUCAAAGCCGACACAAGCCAGAACAUUGAAAAACUCAAAAGGAGUAAUGCAGGAUCAGAAGAUGUGGAGAGACCUGGCCCGUUGAGUCGCCAUAAAGUCAGACACAACUAAGUGGAUAACAUCAUCAGAGCUAGAAUUGGAGUAAGUCAAUCCUCCAGGCGAGAACAGAAACAAGGUCAACUUCAAUUUAUCAGCUCAUCUCUUGGAAUCUGUUUGGUUCUAAGCCAGCCCUAACAAAAUGUAAGCUUCCUCAAAUCUAUAAACCCCAAAUGAAACAAGUUUUGAAAAAAGUAAAUGAAAUUUGAGGAUUGAAAUUUAUCAAUCAAACAAGAGCUGCUGACUGCUUUGCAAACAUAUACAGCUUGACUUAACGACCAUAAUUGAGCUUGGAAUUACAGUCGUAAGACGUGAUUGUUGUAGAUCCGCUGCAUGACACUGCCUGAUUUUAUGACCUUUUUUUUUUUUUUUUUUUUGCAGCAAUUGUUAAGCAACCAUUAAGGCAACCCAUUUUCCCUCAAAGGGUGUUUUUGUCUGAAAUUGGAAGCAAAUGCAGAAAUCUGGCCAUAAAAAAAAAAUGCAAAAAAUUGUGGUUGCGUGAUUGUGGGAUGCUGCAAACUGCCUUAAGCGUGAGCAGGUUGCCAAGUGCCCAAAAUAUGAUCCUAUCCGUAGUUCCAAGAUGAUCUGUUAUAAUUCUGAGGAGAAGAUCGGUUGUAACUUUGAACAGUUGCUAAGCAACUCAAUAUUAAGGACGGACUGUCUGUAACAUUAAAAAUGGUAAAGACCCUUCCUAUCAUAUACAUCUCCUGGUGACUUCAUUGUAGUUUUUUUUUUUUUU